UGCAGCCUGUGUGUAAUUGUUCCGCUCGAAAGGUGCACUUGUUGUAGAAAUUUCAGCUGACCUAGAUUUUCAUUGUAAACUUAUUUUUUAAUUGCCUUUGACUCUUUGACUGGAAUAUUAAGAUCCAUAUAUUUUUGUGGUGUGUGUGAUCCUUUCCUUGGGUACAGUACGUCUACAGUUAAGAAGAUGUUCUAGAGAAGCUUUUAAAUGACUGGGGUGAAAGUAAAGAAGUGGAACCUGGAAUUGGAGACAAGCGAGGCUUUACACAGAAGCCUAUUUAUAAGAUAAAAGGCUUAGUGGAUCAAGAGUCUAGAAACUUCAGGAACUUCGGAUGAGUGGAGAAUUAAAUGCCUGCCCUCUUACCAAAAAAACCUCACCAUUUCAGCUGCUAGAUCAUGUCUACCAGAAAGCCAUCAAAACCCACUCACGCUAGACUUAACACCAACGUAACACUCACCACCGCGUUCAACAGCACCACCGCCGCUCCUGGCUUUAUCGACCAGCUGCUCAACAAGAUCCCCUUGCCAAGAUGGGCCAUCUACGCCAUCCUGGCUCUCAUCCUCCUGGUGUUUCUAGUUUGCAUUCUCUGCAUCUGUAUAAAAUGCUGCUGCAAAGGGAAGAAACAGAAGAAGAAAAAGAAACCAGACCAGCAGAUCAAUCUCAAAGAUGUUAAUGGCUCCACUACCACUGCACUGGUCCAGCCUGACGUAGAUGCGGAGUAUGGCUCAGCAGACAAAAACAGAGGAAGAAUUCUCUACUCUCUGGAGCACAAUGCACAGACAUCAGAGCUGACAGUGGGCAUCAAGGAGGCCAGUGCAUUGAAGGCUAUGGAUUUUGGAGGAUCCUCAGACCCCUAUGUCAAAGUCUACUGCCUUCCCAAAAAGUCAAAGACCUAUGAGUCCAAAGUCUUCCGGAAAACUCUCAACCCAGUGUUCAACGAGCAUUUCAAAUUCCAGAUUUCUCAGGCUGAUCUCAGUGAGUCUACGCUGGUCGCGCAGGUGUACGACUUCAACCGAUUCUCCAAACACGACAUCAUUGGUGAGCUUCGGCUACAGCUUGGCACGGUGGACUGGAACCAUGUGAUCGAGGAGUGGAAAGAUCUGAAUGAGCCAUCCAAGUUUGAGCAAGAAAACCUAGGCGAGAUUUGCUUCUCCCUUCGCUACGUGCCGACGGCCAACAAGCUGACCAUCGUGAUCCUCGAGGCCAAGAAUCUAAAGGACAUGGACAUAAAUGGGUCUUCAGACCCGUAUGUGAAAGCGCAGCUGAUACUAGACAAGAAAAAGUGGAAGAAAAAGAAAACCUCAGUUAAGAAGAAGACACUGAAUCCGUACUUCAACGAAUCCUUCACUUUUGACGUGUCAUUCGAACAGAUCCAGAAACUGCAGCUGGUGAUCUCAGUGUGGGAUCACGACAAGCUGAGCAGGAACGACGCCAUGGGGAAGAUCUUCCUGGGCUGCGACUCCACGGGGAACCAGCUGCGUCACUGGGCAGACAUGCUGUCCAACCCACGGCGCCCCGUGGCCCAGUGGCAUUCCCUGCUGUCGGCCGAGCAGGUGGACUCCACCCUGGCGCUGAAGCACAGCAUCAGGAUACCCUUCACCAAUAAGGUCUUCUGACAGCCCCGUCGCCGCGCUGGGACUUCACCUGUGCUGGACUAUUUCUGUCUUUAGAACAGAAUCAUUCAUCUUCAGUCGCCCCCAAUGACAUUUCUCGGGUGUUACAUUGUGGAAAUGUUUCUCUUGUUAGGGGAGGCUUUUGGCAUCAUGAAAUCACACAUGACUCAUUUUGGGGUCAACACUGUAGCCAGCAUGACAGCUUGAUCUCCCCUUGUCCAUUUGCUAUAGUUUGGGUUUAAAGGUAAGAAAUGUGGAUUCUGUAAGUUUGUUAUAAUUUGGGAAGAGCUCUGUAGUGGCACUUAUAAAACUAUGCAUCACAUCUGGGAAUUACAACAGAGAGGUGAAAAAACUGGACUAUUAUUCGAAUCCAAAUUGCUUUUAUUAAUGAUCUGAAUUGUUUUUAUAAGCAGGAAAUACAAAUGUUGCCACUUUUGGCAUCAUCACACUGUAUUGGAUGUCUGUUAACAAUACAGUGAACAUCUGCUUUAAAGGUUCAUAAGAGUGCAGAAUAUAAUUGCAGAAUAUGUACUUGAGUUAUCUUCGUUUCACUAGAAUGAAUUGCAAAUAUUAUUUACAUCUUUUUGCCUGGAACGGUUUCUGUCAUGGUUUUUUCCUGUGCCCGGCUGCAAUAAGCAAGUUUGAUAAAAUAGCAUUGAUCCCUGGAGUUUGUUUGCACAGGUUUUGAAAGUACGGCCAUUUCUUUGGGCUUUCUCAGACUGCAGUUGACAAGGCAAUUAGAAUAGAAACUGGCUUCAUGGAGAGCAAAUAAAUGAAUGCAUUCAUGGCUGCAUUAAACACUGGGGAGAAAUGGAGAAAUUAUUGCAGGCAAAGAGAUUACACGUCUUGAGACUUGCAUCACCUGGUAUCCAGGAGACUGGGGUUGAACCAAAACGGAAUUCACCAAUUUGUAUGCAUAAUGGAGAAUGAAGGACAGGUGGACGUAAUCAAUACAAACAAUAACUGAUGCGAUUUUUAACAUCACAUGCAAAGAUUGAUUGACAAGAUGGAUAUGAGACAGAAUGGAGGCAGUGGCAGAUGACAUUCUUGGUAAUGGGUCAUGCAAGAUGAUUUUUGGAAGCACAUCUUGUACCUGAGAUUAUCCUUGUUAACCUGAUUGAACAAUAAUCGUUCCCUGCAAUCUCAGCAAUAACCAAUGAUUCAGCAAACAGACAAAACAGAAACAUACCGUUUCAGUUAUCCGAUGUACUGUCUACAUGCUACGGAGGUGACUGCUCUCCU